AAGUCCUGGUCCAAUCAGUGGACAGGAUGGGGAGGCGGGCGGCCAUCGGGAUGAAGGCGACGGAGAGAAAAUAAAUAAAAUAAUUUAACGAGGGAAGGCAUCCGUCCUGGGGCCAUCAUGAUGCGGUAGGGGACGAGCGAUAAGCGGUUCCAUGGCGGCCUCAGACGAUGACACGGUGUCGGAGCGCUCGAGCUCCGAGGGCGAGUACCCGGUGUUCGAGCGCGGGGCAGCGGCGGCUGCCGCCGACGCCUUCCGAUUGGCCGCCUUUGAUCCGGACUGCGGCCGGCACCGCCGCCUCGGAACCGGAGACCGUGCUGAAGGCCUCACCUACCUGCACUUCAUGUGGCAGGGGCAGGACGGGGAGCCCGGCGGCCGCCAGCAGGAGCUGACCGGGAAAAUGGGCGUCAACCGCCUGAAGCGGCAGGUCAAGGUUCACCGCAAGGCUUGUCCUUUGGGCAAAGACAUUCAUGCUCAGAAGCGUUUACGAGAGGCUGCAAAUGCCAAUGAAGUUGAGAUUGUGAGCCAACUGCUUGAGGGUGGCACUGAACCAUGUGUAGCUGAUGACAAAGGCAGGACUGCCCUUCACUUCGCUUCUUGUAAUGGAAAUAGUUCAAUCGUGCAGUUGUUGUUGGAUCAUGGAGCAGACCCUAACCAAAGGGAUGGACUGGGAAACACACCACUGCAUCUGGCUGCCUGUACAAACCAUGUACCUGUGAUCACUACACUCUUAAGAGGAGGUGCCAGAGUGGAUGCCCUAGAUCGAGCAGGAAGGACUCCACUCCACCUCGCCCGCUCUAAACUGAACAUCCUGCAAGAUGGUCAUUCACGAAGCCUGGAGGCCCUCCGGGUAGAGGUGAAACAGAUCAUUCAGAUGCUGCGUGAAUAUUUGGAAAGACUAGGUAACCAUCAAGAGACUGAGCAGCUGGAUGAUCUUUGUACAAAACUUCAGAUGACCAGCACAAAAGAACAGGUUGAUGAAGUUGCUGACCUGCUCUCGAGCUUCACUACACUCAGCCUACAAAUACACAACUUGGGUACAAGGUAGCUGAAUACAGUCCUUCCACUGCCAUUGGUGCAAUUCUACAAGCACUGAUGUAAAAAUAAAUAUGUGAAAGCCAAUGUAGAAAUCACAGUUUUCUUUCUAGACCUGUGUUUGUGACCUUUGGUUUUAGCAACAUAAUUCUCACUUUUUAAUAUAAUAGAAAUGUUGAUAAAAUCUUUAUGGAAGCAAGCUUUGAACCUGAGCUCUCCCAAGAUAAUGAGUGUUAGCUCUGGUAGAAACUUUUUAACCUCCUAAAAUUCUUAGUGUAAUAAUGUGGACUGGUCUGAUUUACAAGCAUGUCACCUUCAUGGUGAAAGCUUUUAUGAUGACUGUUGACAGAUAUUAAAGCAGAAAUUGAUUGUUUCCAAGUACUCUUACUUCAGGUGACAAUGGUUUGAUUAACAAACCAACAACUUGAAAUUCACUGUCAGAAUCUGUUUAUAAUGUGCAGUUAUUGGUGACAGUAAAUAUGUAUUAAAUGUAAAGUUUCAGUGAAUAAAGUUUAAACUGAG